UUUCCGGUGGCUGCUUCAGUUCCCUCUUGCCUCUUGUAAGCUGCUUCAGUUCCCUCUUGCCUUCUUCAUUCACCUCCAUAGAGCAGCUAUGGAGCUCUCUUUACCCAACUCUUCUUCACUUCUUUUUUCUCAAAAUGAUUUCGUACCACUCCAUAAAUCCUCAAGAUUUGGAUGCUUUCAUACUUUUUCAUUGAACAAAAAAUUGGCAUCAAAAUCUAUUUCUCUAUGCACACCGUUGAUUUGGCGCCAACCUCGUUUAUGUAGACUCAAAGCUCAAAGCUCUACCGACAGCAAUGAUAAACAUGGCGGUGACGAUUUUAUUGUAGAGGAUGUUCCUCAUUUGACCCAUUUUCUUCCCGAUUUACCGUCGUAUACAAAUCCAUUGAAAAGGAGCCAAGCUUAUGGUAUUGUCAAGAAAACUUUUGUUAGUCCAGAAGAUAUGGUGGCAAAGGAAAUCAUCGUUCAGAAGGACAGCCCCAGGGGAAUACAUUUUCGGCGUGCAGGACCUCGAGAAAAGGUUUUCUUCACACCGGAAGAAGUCCGUGCUUGUAUUGUGACAUGUGGUGGUUUAUGCCCAGGAAUCAAUACAGUGAUUCGUGAAAUUGUAUGUGGCUUAAAGAAUAUGUAUGGAGUUGAUGAUGUACUUGGCAUUCAGGGAGGUUACAGUGGGUUUUACUCAAAAAAUACCCUGAACUUGACAACAAAAGUCGUUAAUGAUAUUCAUAAACGUGGUGGAACCUUUCUUCAAACAUCUAGAGGAGGUCAUGAUACUAAAAAGAUUGUUGACAACAUUCAAGACCGUGGAAUAAAUCAGGUAUACAUAAUUGGAGGGGAUGGAACUCAAAAAGGGGCUGCUGCAAUCUACAAGGAAGUUGAAAAACGUGGUAUUAAAGUAGCUGUUGCUGGGAUUCCCAAGACAAUUGAUAAUGAUAUUGCGGUGAUAGACAAAUCUUUUGGCUUUGAUACUGCUGUGGAGGAAGCUCAGAGGGCCAUUAAUGCUGCCCAUGUAGAGGCAGAAAGCAUUCAGAAUGGAGUUGGUAUAGUAAAGCUUAUGGGAAGAUACAGUGGAUUCAUUGCAAUGCUUGCAACUUUGGGUAACCGUGAUGUGGACUGUUGCUUGAUCCCAGAGUCCCCAUUUUACUUAGAAGGUCCAGGUGGGCUCUAUGAAUUUGUGGAACAGAAGCUCAAAGAAAAUAGGCAUGUGCUAAUUGUAUUAGCAGAAGGUGCUGGGCAGGAAUAUGUUGCUCAAAGUAUGCUAGCAUUUCAAGAGAAAGAUGCAUCUGGAAAUAGGCUACUCCUAGAUGUCGGUAUUUGGUUAACACAACAUAUUAAGGAUCAUUUCACAAAUGUACAGAAGAUGACAAUAAAUAUGAAAUACAUAGACCCUACUUACAUGAUUCGAGCAAUUCCAAGCAAUGCAUCAGAUAACAUCUACUGUACACUUCUUGCACAAAGUGCUGUCCAUGGAGCGAUGGCUGGAUUCACAGGCUUCACAGUUGGACCUGUAAACAGCAGACAUGCUUAUAUUCCAAUUAAUCGUGUCACUGAGACUACAAACACCGUGAACAUAACAGGCAGGAUGUGGGCACGGCUUCUUGCCUCUACUAAUCAACCAAGCUUCGUUAAUCAUUGUCAGACUGUGAGAGAGAGAGUUGAUAAACAGACUAUUGAUGCAAUUAACAACUUGAAAAUUAAUUCUACAUAGAUUUCGUCAUCCUGCAAUCUCUCUCCGUAAAUAUUUUAAACCAGAUAUUGAUUUCAAGCCUAGUUUGUUGGGAGCUGCAGUUUCCCAGUCAGUUGUCUCCACACAUCCAAUACCUUUUAUCUUUUUCGUUUUAUAUUUUUCUUCUUUAGGUAGGAAAAGACUAUUCAAUGUAGAGGAUCACUUAUGGGAAGAUUAUAGUCUGCUUUUUCAUCACUUAUUAAGUUAUGACCUUAAUACUUUCUGUACUGGAAUCAAUGAGGUACGUCUUAUAUGAGGUGAUUUUUAGUCAUUUACUAUAAAACUUUUAUUUUCAUACUUUU